AUGUAUGGAGUACACUAUGCCAAGGACGAGCAGGGUGAUGAGGUGGAGGCAUACUGCGCAAGUGAAGGCAAGAAACCAGAAUAUGAACCUGUGUUGACUAUUGAAUAUGAUGUCUACCAGAGAGUCCGAUCUGGGAACGGAUAUGAGAAUAAUCUGGUUCAGGGGCACCAAGUACUCACAACUGAGCCUACUAUGGGAGCGAAUUCGCACACUGAGAGAUACUCUGCUCGCUCCUCAGACCUGGUGAUGUCACUAAUCACGCCGGCGCCUUGGAUUUCAACGAAUUUUCACGAAUGUGGCAUCUCAGCUUUAUCCAGUGCAGUAAUACUUGCGCCGCCAAAAGACUGGAUCGAUCGUAGGAAAGACAUCGACCAGAAUGCCGAUGUCGGUAUGAGAGAAAGUCCGAUACUGUCGAUCACGAGAAUGGUGAGACAAACGAUGAAGAUGGGCCUACUUCAAUAUCGAUCAGACAGCGGACCCUAUACCAUAGGAACUUCACAAGACCAGACAUACGGCGACACUCAGGAUGAGUUGAUCAAUGGAUCCGUCGAAAUCCUUUACCAACUCAGGAAUCGCCGAGUAGUAGAUGUUGCCUGGGAAUGGGCUUACGCAGAUGGUCAGUUAUAUUUUUGA